AUGCUCCAGCUUCUACACAGAGUGGGAAAGAGCACGAAGCCAGAUUGGAAGGAACCCGCAGAAGAAGCAGUUGACCUCCCCGAGCAUAGAGAAAUCAUGCGUCGUGCUGGUGCCGAAGGAAUUGUUCUCCUCAAGAACGAGCAGAGUAUCCUACCCCUCAAGCCCGAAAACGGAAUGCGCAUCGCUGUUCUCGGACCCAACGCCGGAAGAUCAGUACAAUCGGGCGGGGGCAGCUCUGACCUCCUCCCACACUACAGGACAGUCCCUUUUAACGCCAUCAAGCAGGCAGUCGAGGAUAGCGGGGUCGAAGCAGAAGUUUCCUAUGCCCCAGGAAUGCAGGGCCAUCGGUAUAUUCCCCUAAUGGAUCCCUCAGUCAUGAGGAAUCCUGUUACUGGUGAAUCGGGAUGGGUUCUCUCUUUCUGGGCCAACAUGGAUCACGCGGGGGAGGUUGGAUAUGAAGAGCACCGGAAGAGCUCAAUUCUCGUGUGCUAUGAUACCCUCCCGGAUACUUUGACGACAGGCGAGAGAUACUCGUAUAGGGGCCGUACGAUCCUGACGCCCAAGACGUCGGGCAACCACUGGUUCUCGCUGUCCUCCUGUGGACCUGGAAGACUUUGGCUCAACGGCAAGGUUAUCCUUGAUAUUCCCAGGCGUUGGUGGUCGUCCAAGUCCCCAUUAUUCAUGACUGGGAAAGAGUACGAGCUUAUUCUGGACUCAAUAAGUAGAGAGCCGGAGCCGUAUGAGUUCUCAUUCACCGGUGACCUUCUGCGAGAGGAGAUUCAGGAUGGUGGACGAAUCGGCUUCUUAGAAGAAGAAACGAGAGACCUUAUGAAAGAGGCCGUCGACUUGGCAGAAAAGAGCGACCUCGUAGUGAUGGUGGUUGGGAAGGACCGCGAGUGGGAGUCGGAAACUAGCGAUAUGGUGUCAAUGAACCUGCCGAAAGAGACGGACGAAUUGAUCGCGAACGUUGCAAAGGUCAACCCUAACAUGGUCGUCGUCAACCAGACCGGCUCUCCAAUUGCGAUGCCGUGGCUAGACCAGGUCCCAGCCAUUAUACAGACAUGGUACCAAGGGCAAGAGCAAGCAAAUGCCCUUACAGACGUCCUCUUCGGCCGAGUCAACCCCUGCGGAAAACUUCCCAUUACGUUCCCCCGAGUCUAUGAGCAAAACCCUUCCUACCUCGACUAUCCCGGACAUAACGACCGUGUUGUCUACGGUGAGGGAAUCUUCGCCGGUUACCGAUGGUGGGAUCGGCUCAAGAUUGAGCCUCUAUUCCCGUUCGGGUUCGGUGGCUCAUACAGCACAUUCGAGUAUUCGAAUGCGAGAGUGAGCUCCACAAGUCUCCAGUUCUCAGAGGAUGGCACUGGAAGCAUUGAGGUACAUGUUGAUGUAACGAAUACCUCUGCUGUCGCUGGCAAGGAAGUCGUGCAGUUUUAUGUGUCGCCCAAAACAGCUCCGCGGUUGGCGAGACCACAGCGCGAGUUGAAGGGUUGGGAUAAGGUACAGGUGCAGCCCAGUGAGACUGUCACAGCUUCGGCGACUCUGGACUGGGUCAGUGUCGCAUACUGGGAUGAUAAACGACACGAGUGGGCCGUGGAUGGGGGUGCUGUGUUUGAGGUCAUUGCGGCCAAGCACUCGCGUGAUGUUGGUGUGGCGGCCGAGUUCUCAGUUGGCAAUCCUUCUGCGGAUUUCAAGGCAUCUCGCUUCACUGUUGUGGCCAUUUAAUCGAGACAGCUUGUACUGAAGGUAUAGAUCGGAUGCGAAAGUUAGAAACGAAGAAAUGUAACGCGUAUAGAUCAAAAAAAUCCAUUGGCCGCAAGAAUCAAUGACGAGUGUUUG